CGGCGGCGGCGUUGCGCGCGCGCGCGCCAUGGGCCGCUACUCGGGCGCGACGUGCCGGCUCUGGGCCAUGCUGGCGCUCACAGCCAGCUUCUUCGUGGCAGAGCUGGUGUCCGGCUACCUGGGCAACUCGAUCGCGCUGCUGUCGGACUCUUUCAACAUGCUGUCCGACCUCAUCUCGCUGUGCGUCGGCCUGACCUCGCGCUACCUGGCGCGGCGCGCGCGCUGGGGCAUCCGCGCCUCCUUCGGCUACGUGCGCGCCGAGGUGGUGGGUGCGCUCAGCAACGCCGUGUUCCUCGCCGCGCUCUGCUUCACCAUCUUCGUGGAGGCCGUGCUGCGCCUGGCGCGGCCCGAGCGCGUGGACGACCCGUUCCUGGUGCUGGUGGUGGGCGCCCUGGGGCUGGCGGUCAACAUCGUAGGGCUGCUCAUCUUCCAGGACUGCGCCUCGUGGUUCUCUUGCUGCUCGCGGGCCCGGCGCGCUCGCCGGCAGCCCGGGGACAAGGACCGGGCGCCCCACGCCCUGGGGGGGCCCGGGGGUGCCGAGGAACCUGUGCGGCCCACCGCCCCGCCCGCCCCAGGCCCGGACCUCGCGCUAGAGAAGGGCGCCACGGUGAUCGCCAAUGUAGCAGGUGAUUCCCUGAGCACCCCGCCUGAGCCGGAAGAGGCUGUGAAAAAGAAGAAGUCCGAAGCCCUGAAUAUCCGAGGGGUUCUCCUGCAUGUGAUGGGUGAUGCCUUGGGCUCCGUGAUCGUGGUCAUUACGGCCAUCAUAUUCUAUGUGCGUCCUCUGAAUAACGGGGAGCAGUGUAACUGGCAGUGCUACAUCGACCCCAGCCUGACCAUUGUCAUGGUCAUCAUCAUCCUGUCCUCUGCCUUCCCGCUGAUCAAGGAGACAGCCAGCAUCCUGCUGCAGAUGGUGCCGCCAGGCGUCGACAUGGAGGAGCUGAUGAACAAACUCUCCACCGUGCCCGGCAUCAGUAGCCUGCAUGAAGUCCACGUGUGGGAGCUUGUGAGCGGGAAGAUCAUUGCCACCCUGCACAUCAAGCACCAGGAGGACAAAGCGUGCCAAGACACCAGCGCCAAGGUCCGGCAGAUCUUCCACAAUGCCGGCAUCCACAGCGUGACCAUCCAGUUCGAGAGCAAGGACUCAUGGAAGUCCUCGGAGCAUGGGGACUUCCUGCAGGUGUGCAGCAGCCCCUGCGUGUCCCAGGCCUGUGUGGAGAAGCAGUGCUGUCCCCCUAGGGCACUGCCCUUGGCCCACGUGAACAGCUGUGCCGAGCAGAAUGGGGACCUAGCUUGGGAGAGCUACCCGAGCAGGAGGGACUCCACAGAUGUGGCCAUCACAGUGUCCGGGGACGGCUGUCUUGUCAGGAAUGGGGCACAAGCCCUUCCCAAGGCGCCGGAGGACCAGCAUUAUGAAAACAGCACGUAUUUCUAGCGUGGCGUCCAUGGCUCAGACUGCGCAGGCGGAGGCUGUGGGGUCGGCAGCGUGGCUCUGCGGACCAUGGGCUCUGCACACUGCCAGGGGCACUGACUGUGUCAGGAGGGGUUGGUGCCAGGGGUCGUCAGAAACGUCACUGGUCUCGCCAUGCCGAUGACCCUUUCCUGGACCCUGAGUAUCGUGCUCUCCCCAUGCGUUUUCUAAAGAACCAUACUGGGCUCAGUGUGUGGGCUGAGACUCAGGGACCUGGACAUGAGAUUCCCUGCCGCUCUUGCUCUCUGUUUUCUUCUGGUGCCGGACGGGGACCCAGGGCCUCCCCACUCAGGCUUGAGCUCACAGUGGGCCGCUCGUUUGCAAACUGAGCCCAGCAUCCAGCUGGCUCUCGGGUGAGUUCAGCCUCAAGUUGUGGAAACAGCUGUCUUCCCUACGCUCCUCGAAAGCCAGCAGAGUUAGAGAGCUCUGGUCCUGGGAAAGGAUCCUCAGUGCACUUUUUGAUGACAGUGAAGGACCCCUCGGUAGGACGCGGUUGCUGCCUGGGGAGGCCGGCGUGGUGCAGAGGGGAGAGCAAGGUCACCUCCCACCACCUGGGACUGAGCAGCGAGUCUCCACAGGUGCCGUGCUCCUCCACUUGGAAGUGGGCAGUGUUUCUCCUUUUUAAUUUAUGACCCCAGUACUUAUUUGCUGUCUUUUAAAAUCUCCAGCUUGUCUUGUCAUUUAUCCCUUGAUGACGAUUUUAUUCCCUGUCUCCUUCUAUGUGAUCUCAUUGAUCUGUGCAGUAUUUGCUGAGCAUUCCUGACUCCGAGCGGUCAUUCUUGUCAAAUAAACGAGCUCGAUUGCCUUGUGUUUGAUGAGACACACUGUACAGUAUUGAUUGUAGUUACUAGCUGGUAGCUUGAUGGAAGUGUUGUAUUCAGGAGAAGAGGGGAGAAGGCAGUUAACUGCUGCGUUUGAUGUUUUGAGGAGCUUAGAUCUUUCUUUUAUAAACCUGUUACCAAGUUCAAAUGAAUCUAUUAUAAUCUGAUGCAGACACAUAACCCAGCUGUAUUAAGCAGUAGAGAAACAUCUGUCGUUGGUUCAACACAUGGGCUGGGCAUCAGGGUUUAAACAGCCUUGAAGAGACUGUGUCUUAGAGAAUUGGUAUCUGCUUCAGUAGGCUGCAGAAUUAAUUGAAAACAAUCAUCUCCUGGGCUAUAAGCUUUGAACCCUAUUUGGAAUCUGUCCAGGAUUCCACGAAGUGCUGGGGUGAUAACAGAAACAGUAUCCAUAUUAUUUAGAAAAAUUUCACUUUGCCAGGCAUAGCAGAAGCGUGCGGUCCCAGGUUCUCAGGAGGCUGCGACAGGAGGAUCACUUAGUCUCACGAGUUUUGGGCCAGCCUGGGCAACAUAGCAAGACCCUCUCUUAAAAAAACAAAACAAAACUGUUGGCUUCAUCAUGAAUUCAAAGGCUGAUAAGUAAGCAGCUGUGAUCAGUAGAGUAGGAAAUUCUUUGUUCUUCGAAGGUUCGGUGAGUUUCAUUUGACCAUAAAUAGGAAAGGACCUAAAAAUGUUCUUAUCUCGGAAAGUUCAUCAGGACAGGUUAGAUGCACUUUAUAAGCUGAAGGGGCAGAAAAUCAUGAGACAGCACCUCGAUUUUUAGCAUUACAUGUGUGAUGUGCAGGACGCAGGGUUCUCGAAAAAACCAUGUGGGAUGGUGAGCCCCAUCUCCUGUGCCCUGAGACACUGCAACCACAGGCAGAGAAGUUUAUCCAUUCCAAAUUGGAAGCUCUAAUUUGAUCUCAUAACAGUUGCUCUUAUUAAAUGGGAAAAACUGAAAUUUAUAGUUUUUUUUUUUUUUUGUCUUUUUCAUUUUUAUCGGUACCGGGGAUCGAACUCACGACCGCCUGCUUGCAAGGCCGGUGCUUAUGCCGCUGAGCUAAACCCCUAGCCCCAUGAAAUUUAUUGUUUUUUUAAAAAUAGUUUUUCUGCAACUGGCUCAAGGAAUGCAUUUUAAUUUGCAUCUAAGUAAUGUUCUUUAAUCUCUAAAGUAUUUUUCUGGAGAGAGAAGGGCACUUAAUUCCAAAAUAAUUAACUCUAACCUCAGAGGACUACCUCGAUUGAUAUUUUUUGUGUGUGUGUGUGUUUUUCUUUUUUAUCGGUACCGGGGAUCGAACUCACGACUGUCUGCUUGCAAGGCAGGCUCUUAUGCUGCUGAGCUAAAUCCCCAGCCCCCUCGAUUGAUAUUUAUAAGCACCUCAAAUCAUGGACCAGGAAGUACCGUUUUAAGAUGGAGUGGCUGAGGGUCUGGAAAACCUCCAUAAGGGCCGUAGUGUUCAUGGGGUCGCAUUUGCCACCAGUUACGUGAUACCCGCUGUGUGGUGUUUUUCCAGGUUCUUCUCUCCUGUGAGCUGGCUCACCUUUUGUUUUGUUUUACUGAGGUAGGGUCUCCCUGUGUAAUUCAGGCUGCCCUGACCUCACUACGUAACUCAGACUGCCUCAAACUUGUAGUGGUUCUCCAGCCCGAGUGUUGGGAUUACAAUCUUGUGUCACCAUGUCUGGCUGUCCAGCCUUCUUCUCUUCCCAAGGAAAUGCAAAAUGACUUUGUUUUUCUCCUGUAUCAGCACUAUUGAAUGAACAGCAUAUUUAAAACUAUAGAUUUAGUAGUAGAAAAACACUGAUCCUUAGUUUGUGGUCUUGUUUCUGUAGAUUCAUUCUAGAAUAUUCUUUCUCUUUCUUCAUUCAUUCUAGAAUAUUCUAGAUUCAUUCUAGAAUAUUUAUUCUUUUUUCAGUUCUGAAAGCAAUUUCUUUCCCCCCUGUAGUUCUGGGAAUCACACCUAAGGCUUCACGCAUGCUGGGUGGAGGUUUUACCACCGAGCUAAACCCCACCCUGGAAACGCUGCUUCCAAGCUGUAGAAGUCUGUGGCUUUCUGUGCACACGUCAGGACUCGGUGCCCCGUGCUCCUUCCUUCCUUAUUUUAAAUGAGUGAGAGGAAACACUCACUGCUUCCCUUCCCGGUUUUCCAACUUGGAUUUUGAAAAUAGAGGUUAAGUUUUUCAUGCUAUUUGCUUGUUAAGGUUACCCGUGGGGCCUCUGGUCUCUAAUGUUGACAGAAGAACACUGCUCCUCAACAUUGUUGAUAAGAUGCCAGAGGGAAAAAGAAAAAGAGGGACGCACUCUUUGGUGAAGAAUUUAAAAUAUACUUACUUUUAUUUUUUUUGCUACAGAUUAAGCAAAUGCUAGUGGCGUAAAUCAGCAACUCCAAAGUUUAAUGGGAAUGAGCGUUUUUAAUGUCAAAAAACAAAAAAACUCCAAACCAAACCAAACAACAACAAAAAUCCCGCCAACAAGGUAUGGAGGCAGACUCUGUAUUACACCCGGGGGCUUCCCGGGACGGAGGAAGCCCUGCUCCCUCAAUCUUGAGUGAUUUGGAAGAGGGAGAGGCAACAGCAUCCGGCGCAGUGGGAGCUGGGGACCUUGGGGUUGUUUCCGUGCCUUGUUCUGAACCCCUGGCUGAAUUAAGGGUAGGUUAGGGCAUCCUCUCCAUGGGCCGACAGACCUCUCGGUUCACCAGUUCUGCAGAAUUCACUCUUUGAAAACAAGAUUUUACUUUACUUUUUGGUACUAAUGAUUGGACCCAGGACCUUUUGCAUGUUAAAUAUGCACCCCACUCCUGAGCAACACCCCCUGCUAAACAAGAUUUUUGUUUUGUUUUUGCGACAGGGCCUCUGUAUGCAGCUCAGGCUGGUCUCACUCCCUGUGUAGCCAGGGUUGGCCUCAAACUCAUGGAAAUCUUCCUGCCUCAGCCACCUGGGUGCUGGGAUUUCAGGUGUGUGCCACCACCCCUGGUGAAAGUUUUUUAAAAUAAAACUAUGCAUGAAAAUUGUCAUAUUGAUACAGGAAUUUUGGAAGGUAUGCAAAUUGAAAAAUAAAAAGCCUUUGCAAAUCCUAUUUUGCAAGCCAGUCACUAGGACCAUGAGUCUGAUAAGGGAAAAGUAUUUGCUGUCAUUUUUCAGUGUUGUUUUCUUCGACUCAUGGUUUUCCUCAGUUUGAUGAGCCUGGAGCUAAACAAGGCCAGCAAAUACCAGCAUGACUGAUUCUUAGGGUUAAGGUGUGCACUCUGUACUUAGCAUCACCAAUCUUAUUUUAUUUUAUUUUGUCUUUUUCCUUUUUAUUGGUACCGAACUCACAACUGCUUGCUUGCAAGGCAGGUGCUUAUGUUGCUGAGCUAAAUCCUCAGCCCCUUAUCACCAAUUUUAAACCUGGUGUUUGUUGUUAGUUCUUGGUAAGCAGUUCAUUUUAGUGCUAGGGAGGAGUUUUGACAUUAAAAAAAAAUGCUUUAUUGUUCAUGGCUCCCUGAAUCUCGCCAAAUGCUAUUUUCUCAGAGACGGCAAAUGUAGUCAGAGACUACAUUUCAGAGUAGUGUGCUUUUACAUGGAUUUUCCCACUCUUAUAGGUAAAAGACUAUGUGACAGACAGACAGACAAGGGGAAGUGAGGCUAUGUUUCCUGAUGUGGAACUGGAGAUUGGAUGAGGGGCAGUUGGCCACCCAUUCUGAGCUGUCACUGUUGUGUGAACCCGGGCAUAUUUACAACCCAGGGGUCACGGAACCAGGAAAUUGGGUUCCACUCUGGAGCCUGCAGUGCGACCCCAGCGCCGGAGGGCAUGGCCCUCAGCUGCUGCUCUCUGGCACUGCCCAGGCUUCCCGUUGCAGCUGUUUUACCCUGGCCUGUUUUGUGUACCUGGGACUUUCUUGGAUGUGUGCUCAGUGACCCACCGUUACCUCUUAGCAGAAAGCUGGCCAGAGCCAUGGUACAUGUCUGAAUUUUGAGAAUAGCCCAGAGAGGGUGGCUCUAGAGACAGCGUCCUUCCUGGUCGCCCGGGGCUGUGUUACAGUUUUGUUGCUUAAAGUCCUUUGCUCCUCACAGGUGAUUCUGCCCAAGUGUGACUGUCACAUCUGGGAGGACUUUAAAACGUCAAAGUGCAGUGUUCAGAUGACUCAUUUCCGAUUGCAUGUGAAUCCCCUCUGCUGCGUUUGUGCAUCUAUGUGUCUUUCUGACAAUAAAAAUGUUUAAAGAGUGAAAA